AUAAACUGCCCCCAUUUUUAUAUAUUCAACAAUAAUAUGCUUUUCAUGUCCUCUUGGUCGCCAUAUCCUCCUCCUCCUUCUUCUUCUUCUUCUGAUCUUUGUUUGUCUUCAAAAUUAAGCAUGGAUUCUUCUGACUUUCCUGUAACUAGAUCUCCAAGAAAAGAACUUCAAGGUCCAAGACCACCUGCCCUAAAAGUCCGUAAAGAUUCACACAAGAUCAAGAAACCCCCAGUAGCUCCACAACCAUCACAGCAACAACAACACCACCACCACCAACCACCAACGCAGCCACGGCCACCGGUCAUAAUCUACACAGUUUCACCAAAAGUUAUCCAUACAAACCCUAGUGACUUCAUGAACCUUGUCCAACGUCUCACAGGCUCUUCUUCUUCUUCAACCUCCGCUGCUAGUUAUUCAACUUCUAAUCCUUUCAAUGACGAUGUUGGUGCAAUAUCGCCGGCGGCAAGGUAUGCAACGAUAGAGAAGGCAAAGACACCCAAGGACAGGAGUGUACCGGCAAGUGGAGACAUGGGUUUCUUGGAAGGAAUAGAAAUGGAUCAAAUAAUGGAGAGAUCAAGUAAUUUUCUUCCUGGGAUUCUUUCUCCAGGACCUGCUUCACUUCCUCCGAUACCGCCGAAUUUUUUCUCUCCACAGUCCGAUCUAAAUAGCUUCUUCCAUGAUUUGAGCCCUGUGGUUCAUGGUAACAGGAAUUUUAUAGAGGGAAGUUUCAUGCCUAGUCCUUCAAUCUUUGUUUCUCCUCGCUUCACUUCUCCAACUCCAUCAUUAGACAUCUUCAACAAUUUCAAUUUCAACAAUAUCUUUGACUUCUGAAACACACUCUAAAAAAAAUUAUCUUUUUUUUUUUUUUGGUAUGUUUCUUCAUAGUGAGGAUAAUAUGAAUAGGAGAAAGGGACCAUGGUGGAAAUUUGAUGAUAUUUAAUAAAUUUUUGGUAGGUUUGC